AUGGCACAAAGGUUUCCAGCUGGGGGGCCGAGCGCGGCGCCAUCGAGCCCCAUGCCUCAGCAACGUUACCCAGGACCUGCUCAGCCACAGCCUCCUUCCGCUAUGCCUCCCAGACCAUAUACGCAACCUAACUUUCCACAACGAAGCGGUUUUACUCCACCGCCAGCAGGUGCAGGUCCGGUGGGCGGCGGUAACGUCAGAGUAGCGUACGCCGGGGCAGGAGCUGCAGCUGCCCCACCGCCUGCACCGUACGGGGGCGCUCCUCCGCGUCCCGCCGCACCGCCCGCCCCUACCAAGCGACCGCCAGAUGCCCGCCCGCCCUUACCGCCGCAGCAACGCCCUCAGCAUUAUGCAGGUGAGGGUUACGGGGCCGGCGGUAAACGCAAAAAACGAUUGGCGGACAAGAUACUGCCGCAGAAGGUGCGCGACCUGGUACCUGAGUCUCAAGCCUACAUGGAUCUGCUGACUUUUGAGCGCAAGUUGGAUGCAACUAUUAUGCGCAAGCGUCUUGACAUUCAGGAGGCUCUCAAACGCCCAAUGAAACAAAAACGCAAGCUGCGUAUCUUCAUUUCCAAUACAUUCUAUCCAGGUCAGGGCGAGAACGCGGUGGCCUCGUGGGAGCUCCGCGUGGAAGGCCGACUGCUCGAUGACUCUAAAGGUGAUCCUAACAAAGUGAAGCGCAAGUUCUCAUCAUUUUUCAAAUCGCUCGUGAUCGAGCUGGACAAGGAGCUAUACGGGCCAGACAAUCACUUGGUAGAGUGGCACCGCACGCUCAGCACCCAGGAGACGGACGGGUUCCAGGUGAAGCGGCCCGGCUACAAGAACGUGCGCUGCACUAUUCUGCUGCUGCUAGACUACCAGCCGUUGCAGUUCAAGCUGGACGGGCGGCUGGCACGGCUGCUGGGCGUGCACACGCAGGCGAGGCCCGUCAUCGUCAACGCCCUGUGGCAGUACGUGCACACGCACCGCUUGCAGGACCCGCGGGAGCGCGAGUACGUGCUCUGCGACAAGUAUCUCGAGCAGAUCUUUGGCUGCCCGCGCCUCAAACUGGCCGAGAUCCCGGCGCGCCUGGCUCCCCUCCUUCACGCGCCAGACCCUAUCGUCAUCAACCACCUCAUCUCGGUGGAGCCGCCGCACGACGCCAAGCAGACCGCCUGCUACGACAUCGACGUCGAGGUCGACGACACGCUCAAGGCGCAGAUGAACGCCUUCCUGCUCUCCACCGCCAACCAGCAUGAGAUCCAGGGGCCUCGACGCCAAGAUUCACGAGACGGUCGACACGAUCAACCAGCUCAAGACCAACCGCGAGCGCGAGAUCUGAAGACGCUGAGCGGCGGCGGCGGGGGCAACCCUGAAGAGGAGAGAAGGGCCGCGUUCUACGCGCAGCCCUGGAGCGGUGAAGGGGCCGCGCGCUACUUGCAUCAUCGCCUCGCAGCGCGUCGCAAGGACCUAGAUGCCGCCUUGCACCCUGUGCAUCCCAUGCACCCGGCCCAUCUCACCCGCCUCUGA